AUGGGCGACGCCGGUGACGGCGAGACGCGGGCGCUGCGGCAGGUGGCCGUGGCCAGGAAGUGGCUAGAGGACCCGCGCGUGGGGUACUACGGCGGCGUCGGCCCCAGCGCGGCUGGCGGCAGCCAGGCGCUCAGCUGCGUGGUGCUGGCCGGCGCGCGCGUCUCCCUCGCCGAGCCCGGCCGCGUCAUCUGCUCGCUCCGCGUGCGCGCCCCCGUCGCCGUGCGUGCCGGCCGUCCAAAUCCUGAACUCCACCAUGGUUGA